GCCUUCAAUAUCAGUGACGUCAUACAUGGUUGCCGUUUCAAAGACCUUCAUGACACUAGCAAACCAAGCAUGAAGGCAACCUAUGACCUCGUGAUGGAACAUUGUUCACCCCAUAUUGGAUGUAGGAAGGAAUGUUUGCCUGUUGCUAGGCGGCUGAAACAGACUUCAUGCUACAGAAAAGGUACUGUAGAUGAGUGGGCUCGAUUGAAUAUAGAGAAGGAAUCGCCAGAUGUACUUAAAAUGAUGAAGUUUUACGCUGCACUCGAUUCAUGCGAUAGAGAACUUGUUCUAGAAGAAAAUGCGUCGGGUCCAGAAAAAUGUCCAUCGGUGAUUAAAGUUGAAGCUGGUAAUAUCAACGGAUCUGGUGUUCGAGUUGCCAACAUUCCAUUAGUCAUUUUUGUUGUAUGCUCUUUGCUAUGGUUUAAGCGGUUGUAG